AUGCAACAGCUCAAUCACUCACGGAGGAAAGGCGAUCUUCCAGCAGUCAAACCGUGCGAAGUUUUCGAUCUGAUUGGAGGAACGAGCACCGGCGGAUUGAUUGCGAUCAUGCUUGGCCGGCUGGAGAUGGACGUGGACGAAUGCAUCGAAAAAUACACCAGUCUCAUGGAGGAAGUCUUCCGGAAACAACGAGUGUGGCUCCCAUUUAAUUGGAGAGGGAACAUUGAAGCACGCUUCGACUCUGAUCGGCUGGCCUAUGCCGUCAAGCAAGUGGUUCUGGAGAAGGAAGGAGUAGAAACAAGUCCACUUGAUGAUGGCAAGUCAAAUCGCUGUAAAGUGUUUGUGUGCGCGACAGCCAAAGAGACUAGGAUGACCACGCGAUUGCGCAGCUACAAACUUGCUGAUGAACUUUGCAUCGAUGCGACAGUUCUGGAGGCCGCACUGGCCACAUCGGCCGCUACAUCAUUCUUCAAACCCAUUCAAAUUGGAGCCCGCACAUUUGUUGAUGGGGCCCUUGGAGCGAAUAACCCCGUCGAAGAGGUCGAGAGAGAGGCGACUAAUAUAUGGUGUUCCACGAGUGCGAACUUGAAGCCAUUGGUGAAGUGUUUUAUUUCGAUUGGCACGGGGAACCCCGGGAAGAAAGCGCUCGAAGAUAGUGCCCCCAAAUUCGCAAAGGCCUUGGUUGAUUUGGCGACAGAAACAGAGCGAACAGCCGAACGGUGUCUUGAGCGCUGGCGGGUUGAAUUCGAAGGGAAUCGGUAUUUCCGGUUCAACAUUGAUCAUGGACUAGAAGGAGUGGGAUUGGAAGAGUUUCAGCAGCGGGGUCUACUUGAGGCUUCGGCAGACGAGUAUCUCCGGAGCCAGGAACAGAAGAUCCGGCUUCGCGAGUGCGUGGCGAACUUGCAAGUGAGAUCGUCCCUAACAGGCGAUCCACCCCAAGAGAUGAGACCAUUCUUUGAACGAAGUCCUCUCCCAUCCCCCCGAACCCAGCAAUGCCCGCAACGGCUCUGGCUUGUCCCCUUUUUGAGAAACCCACGAUUUGUCGGUCGUACUACGGAGUUGGCCGCCUUGGAGUCAAAGCUCUUUGGCACAAGGCAUCCUCCCAAAGUGGCCAUCACCGGCCUAGGGGGCAUUGGAAAGACGCAGGUGGCAGUGGAGUUUGCUUACCGGAUUACCGAGAACCACCCGGACCUCUCUGUCUUCUGGGUAGUUGCAACGAAUACGGAGAACUGGGUCAAUUCAUACCGUGAGAUUGCGGAACAUUUGAAGAUUGGGGCCACGUUCAAUGAUGAUGAGGAUAUCAAAACGACCGUCAAGAAUUACCUGAGCCACGAGUAUGAGGGUCAGUGGUUGAUGAUAGUGGACAAUGCCGACGACCUCGAUUUAAUCGUGUCCAAUCCCACAAGCACCAGCCGAUCUCUCUUUGAUGAUCUACCCCAGAGUAGCUGCGGUAGACUGCUAGUCACGACUCGAAACCUCAAGGUCGCGACUAAGUUGGUGAGAAAUAACAUUAUCUACAUACCAGACAUGACUGAAGACCUUGCCCAGGAGCUGCUGCGCAGUUCCCUAGUUCAUCCUGACCUACUGCACAAUGCCGAGGCAACGUCGGAGAUGUUAAAACGGCUUGCCCUCCUGCCUCUCGCACUUGUCCAAGCAGCUGCAUUUAUGAAUGAAAAUAGUGCAACGGUCGAAGACUACCUAGGGCUCCUGGAGGACGCCCGAGAGGUCGACGACUUGUUAGGAGAGGAUUUUGAAGACGACACCAGGUAUGACUAUUGCAGGAACGCGGUUAUCACUACAUGGUUGAUUUCCUUCGAGCAAAUACAGCGCCGUAACGAGCUGGCUGCACAGUACUUGUCAUUCAUAGCCUGUCUUGAUCCCAAAAAUAUCCCCAUGGCGCUUCUACCGGUGUCGUCCUCAAAGAAAAUACUGUUAGAGGCUAUUGGAACGCUAGCAGCAUACUCUUUUGUGACUAGACACCGAAAUAAUGAAUUCAUGGACGUUCAUCGACUUGUCCAUCUUGCAACACGAAAUUGGCUGAGAAAGGAGGGAAAACUAGAGCACUGGCAAAAGGCCGCCAUGAACCGUCUAACCGAAGUCCUGCCGACUCCCAGUUUUGACAAUAUGCCCCUGUGGAUACACUAUUUGCCCCAUGCAGAACAAGCCAUCGAAUACGAAGCCACCACAAUGGGUGUCGGUGAGGAGAGCUGGCAUAAAUUCCCUCUAUAUGAGAAAGUGGGCGCAUGUCUGCUCACCAAUGGAAGAUAUGCAGACGCGGAGGUGUUGCUGCGGGAAUCUAGAGACUGGAGGGAGAAGACACUGGGGCCUUGCCAUAUCACCACCUUUGAAUGUGCCAUUAAUCUGGGGCGAGCGUUGAACUGCACAGGGAAGUUCGUGGUGGCUGAGGGACUUGCCACGAAGGUCCUGGAACAAAUGUCGGCCAGCCAGGCAUCGCAUCAGCCGCUUACGCUGGAGUGUCUGUCGAUCCUGGCCGAAUCCUUUCGAAACCAGGGGAGGUGGGACGAGGCCCAUAAGCUUAACAGGGAAUUAUUCGAAAAGAGAAAAGAGGCACUGGGGCCGGACAACCGCGACACUCUGUGCAGUAUGUCGGAUCUUGCUGAGACACUCCGCAACCAAGGGUGUUUCAAGGAGGCGGAAGAGCUGAAUAAGGAGGUCUUGGCGAGACGCAGACUGGUCCUAGGGCCCCGUCAUCAGUCCACACUGGGCAGUAUGCUAAAUCUUGCUGCGACUUACUGGAACCAAGGCCGACUGCAGCAAGCCGAGGAGUUGGAACUAACAGUGCUCCAGGAGCGAGAAAGGUCACUGGGAUCGAACCACCCAGACGUAAUCAAGAGUAUGGCAAACCUUGCUGUCACCUACUGGGAGCAAGGCAACUUGAAAUCUGCUGAAGAGUUGGAGGUACAAGUGAUGGAGUCAAAUAAAAAGAUACUAGGGACUGGCCACCCCAGGACCCUGAAGAGCAUGAGUAAUCUCGCUGAAACAUAUCGAACGCAGGGCCGUCUCUCAGAAGCACAGGAUCUCCAUUGGGAGGUGUGGAACAGACGAGUUGAGCUUCUCGGAGAGGACCAUCCCGCAACGCUGAAAAGCAAACACCAUUUAGCGGAGGCCAAACGACAGCAGGGAGAUUACCGGGAAGCGGAACAGCUGCACGAGUAUGUUUGUAAGAAGAGGCAGGCUAUUGUUGGUCUGAACCACCCAGAGACACUCAGAAGCAUGAACAGCCUAGCUGCAACAUACCAUAUGCAGAACCGCGGGAGUGAAGCCCAGACACUGUACGAGGAGGUGAUUAAGCGACGGCAACGGAUUCUUGGAGCUGAACAUCCUGAUACGCUGGCUAGUAUUGCGAGUCUUGCCCAGGUUUCUCGGACAGUCACCCAGACGUCAUUGAUGGAAGUGAAAGCAGACUGUUUGGCACGUAAGUAG